GCCAUCUUUCUGUGAAAUUGGAAAGCCGGAAAGCACUUGUGGGGCCCUGCUAAACUGCAGAUUACCGAACUCGGAGGAAGUAUCUUGACAUUUGACGCCUUGUGUUCGGAACUCUGAUUAAUAGGCUACAAUUUUUGUUUACAUUCGCAGUAGAGGCGAAAAAUAUAGUUCAGUGAAUGUCGGAGGAGUGAAUGGUGAUGUUAUUUUAAUUUUCUCUUGCAUACUGAAUCGACUGGCAAAAUGGCAAGUGGAGAUGCAAACAAGAUAGCUUUUAUUACUGGCAUUAACGGACAAGAUGGUUCCUACCUAGCCGAACUCCUACUAAGCAAAGGAUAUGAAGUCCAUGGUAUCAUCAGGCGUGCUAGUUCUUUCAAUACCAAAAGAAUCGAACACCUCCACGCAGAUCGCUACUCCCACAAAGGAGGAAAACUCCAUCUACACUACGGUGACAUGACCGACUCCAGCUGCCUCAUCAAAAUAAUCUCAAAAGUAAAACCUUCGGAGAUUUAUAAUUUGGCCGCGCAGAGUCACGUUAAAGUCUCGUUCGAUCUCAGCGAGUACACUGCCGAAGUGGACGCUCUUGGAACUCUGAGGCUUUUAGACGCGAUAAGGACUUGCAAUAUGGAGGAUAAAGUGAAGUUGUAUCAAGCUUCAACGUCCGAAAUGUUCGGCAAAGUGGCCGAAAUUCCGCAGACUGAGAAAACUCCUUUUUAUCCCAGGUCUCCAUAUGCAUGUGCCAAAGUCUACGCAUACUGGAUAGUCGUCAACUAUAGGGAAGCUUAUAACAUGUUUGCUGUCAAUGGUAUCUUAUUCAACCACGAAAGUCCAAGACGUGGUGAAACGUUUGUGACCAGAAAAGUCACCAGAGAGGUAGCGAAGAUCCAUUUGGGCAUUUCUGAGUACUUUGAACUUGGAAAUCUGGAUUGCAAAAGGGAUUGGGGUCAUGCUAAAGAUUACGUAGAGGCCAUGUGGCUCAUGCUCCAACAGGAUACACCUGAAGAUUACGUGAUAGCUUCAGGAGAAUCGCACAGCGUGAGGGAAUUCGUUGAGGCUGCUUUCAAACAUGUUGGAAAGGAGAUCGUAUGGGAAGGACAAGGAAUUGAAGAAGUAGGAAAGGAAAAAGAUACUGGUAUAGUGAGAGUUCGCGUAAACCCUAAGUAUUUCAGGCCAGCUGAAGUGGAACUCCUUCUAGGGGAUGCAUCGAAAGCAAAAAAUAAAUUUGGUUGGACCCCUAAGGUAUCGUUUAUGGAACUGGUUACAGACAUGAUGGAGUCGGACAUAGAGUUGAUGAAAAAGAACCCCAUGGCUUGACAUUUUUCUUUCCACUACCGAAUUUACCUUACGACAAAUAAUAUAUCGAAUAUGUUCUAUGUUGCUGUUAAAUUUUUUUAAAUUCGUGAUUUUAUUAAAACGUGUAGGUAUUUAUGUUAUUUCUGACAUUCCUAUUUCUUAAGAUAUGGCAUGAUGCUAUAUAAUAAUGAAUUCAUACUAUUCUUUAAUAAAAUAUUGUUUUAUGA